CAAUUUCCUUGUUCCCUUCCUCAAGACACCAAUGGCCCCUACGAAAAAGUCCAAGGCAGCAAAGUCCUCCGAGUCCAUCUCGUCCAAGUUGGCUCUGGUCGUGAAAUCGGGAAAAUACACGCUGGGCUACAAGUCGGCUCUGAAGCAGAUGCGCAGUGGAAAAGCCAAACUCGUCCUGAUCGCUGGCAAUUGCCCCCCGCUGCGCAAAUCUGAGCUUGAGUACUACGCCAUGCUCUCAAAAACCAACGUGCACCACUUCGCUGGAACGAACGUCGCUUUGGGCACCGCUGCCGGAAAGCUGUUCCGUGUCGGUGUCAUGACCGUCUCUGACCAGGGUGAUUCUGACCUGCUCAACUUCGCUGAGGGUAUCGCGGCAUAAGUACUGUAUCAACUAGCACUGCCUCAUUGUCCACUAUGCACACAUAUGAUAUGCUGUCACGGAAAGCACGAGCGAACUGCUGU